CAAGUCACUUGACAGGUGUACCCGGAAGAAACGGCGUUUCGAAAAUGGCGAUCCACGUAAACUGCAGCCCAAACAGAGGAAAGUAGAACCGUAUUUCAUCCGAGUGGCGACUGGACUGAGCUGUGAGACGGGCUCGGUGAUGCGUGUGUAGCGGAAGGAAGUCAUAUGAAGUAAGGAUGAACGGCGUGAGGAUGGCACGAGACGACAAUGUGACGGAAGACUCUUACACCGAAAACCUCAUUGGUACAUUGUUAGCUAUCUUUGGAAACCUGUUGGUCAGCAUCUCAGUCAGCAUUCAGAAACAAGGUCAUGUGACGUUGGCAGGAAAUAAAGACCCAAGGCAAUACUUCUACACUAAGACCUGGUGGUCUGGCCUGAUGCUGAUGGUUGUGGGGGAGGGCGCACUGUUUGUGUCUUAUGCUUUUGCUCCACUCUCUCUCAUAGCUCCACUUAAUGCCGUGUCUGUCAUAACAAGCUCAAUCUUAGGUUUCCUGUUUUUGCGGGAAAAGUGGAAGGCACAGGAAUUCUUGAAGCGCUACAUCUUGACUUUCCUGGGAUGUGCCUUGACAGCGGGCGGCACUUACCUAUUUGUGACGUUUGGGCCUAACUCCCAUGAAAAGCUGAAUGCCGAGAACAUAGUAAAACAUGUUAUUGGCUGGCCCUUCCUCUUGUACUUGCUUCUGGGGAUCAUCACAUUCUGUCUGCUGCUGUAUUUCUACAAACAGCGGAAUGCAAACUACCUUGUUCUGAUUUUGCUACUGGUGGCACUUCUUGGUUCAGUGACUGUAAUCACAGUGAAGGCGGUUUCAGGGAUGAUUGUGCUUAGCAUCUCGGGUCCUCUACAGCUGGCAUAUCCCAUAUUCUACGUCAUGUUUGUCUGCAUGGUGGCUACUGUCGUCUUUCAAGCAUCAUUUUUAGCACAGGCAUCUUAUCUGUAUGAUUCCUGCCUAAUUGCCUGUGUGAAUUACAUUUUCUCCACAACAUUUGCAAUUGUGGCAGGAGCCAUAUUUUAUCAGGAGUUUUACCAUGAAGACGUCCUGCACAUAUGCAUGUUUCUGUUGGGAUGUGCUAUAUGCUUUCUUGGAGUGUUCCUGAUUACUAAAAGCAAGAGGAAAGUCAAAUCCUUUGAGCCAUAUGUUACUAUGGACAUGGUGAAAGGUAUUCCAACCAUUCACAACAAAGGCUGGGCUGUGCAGCCUGAUUAUAACGGCUCGUUUUCCUACGGAGCGCUGGAGAACAACGAAAGUGUGGCCCCUGUGACACUCCCAGUGGACCAAGAGCUGUCCGUCUCUCCCAGGCCUGUUAGCCCGUACCAACCAUCAGAGCUGAAGAAAGACUGAGCACAGAUGUGCCUGAAAUGAAAUUAGGAUUUAUAUAAGAUGAGAAAUGCUACUCUGUGUUUAAGCAUUGAUUUUGACAGCACUUGUAGAACACCAGUUCUGGAAUAUUGGAUUUUUCUAGAUCUUCUAUACUUCUCUAGUCUCAUCUUGAGCCAGGAAAGUAAGCUAUAACACAUGUUAGGAUGCAAAUAAUGACUUUCAUUGGUGGUGUUUUUAUCUAAGAAAGAUUGGCAUGUUAUCUUAUACUCAUAUCUAAUGCUUUAAAUAUGCUGACUGACAUGAUCACUCCUGGCCUUUUAUCAAAGUGACAAAGCUCAUGUCACUAACCUAAAAGCCUAAAUAUACCUCCAAAGAUGUUUUGGAUUCUGCUACUGCUUUGUACCAGAGAUACUGCUGCUGGUCCAGCUUUGUUAGCCAAAGACUAAUGUGGAUUUCACAAUUCCCAACUGGUUAUAUACAUGUUUGCUACUGGCUUAAAAUUAAAAGUCGAGUACGAGUUUCAUUUUCCAUUUUCAGGCCUAUGCGUGCUGUGCCUAUUAUUUAUUCCCUGUGUCUGUCUUAAGCAUACCAAAUAGACUUUCUGUACAAAUCUGCAUGUUUAUGGGUAAUAGAUUGAAUGUCAGAACACUGCUGGUGGUUGAAUUUACCUUCUGUAAAACUAAGAAACACUUGUGUAUAUUUUUUCAUAAAUACCAUUGCUUAGACUAAUGUGGUCAAAUAUUUUAUUGUUGUUUUUGGUGUGUGGCACUUUUUUUCUCUCUUAUUUUUUUAAAUUUGAUGCAAGUCAUUAAUACUGUAUUUAUUGAACCAUUGCCUUAAACUUUUUAUUGAACGAUAAUGGGAAACCUGACUGUCUAAGCCACAUCAAUACACCGAAUUUUGUUUAAGUGCAAUUACUGUGUUGAGAUCAUGUAAAUUUAAUGGAGUUCAUUAUUUGAGAAUUUUUAUUUGAAUUUAAACUAAUAUUGUUUAUACUAUUACAACCAUUCCACAAUGACAAUCAUAAUGUCUUUAACCAAACUAAACAAUGAAAUUAGACCAAGCUUCAGUCAGCAUUCUGUGUAGUUAGCACUGUGGUAAAAAAAAAAAAAAAACCCGUUGAACCAAUAAAACACAUCUUUCUGU